ACCGAAAGCGGUGUCUGCAUUGGGGAGGCGCAGCUUUGGGGAUUCCCCACUCACCUGAGUUUCACUUCUCCCAACCUGUAUCGGGUCUUUCUUUCUGGAUACUCAAGACGCGGACCCAGUUCCCACUUCCACUGGGUGUGGGGUUUCUAGAGAAGCCAAUCAGCGUCGCCGCGGUCCCGGUUCUAAAGUCCCCACUCACCCACCCAGACUCAGAUUCUUCCCAGACGCCGAGGAUGGCGGUCAUGACGCCCCGAACCCUCCUCCUGCUGCUCUUGGGGGCUCUGGCCCUGACCGGGACUCGGGCGGGCUCCCACUCCUUGAAGUAUUUCGACACCGCCGUGUCCCGGCCCGGCCGCGGGGAGCCCCGCUUCAUCGUCGUGGGCUACGUGGACGACAUGCAGUUCGUGCGGUUCGACAGCGACGCCGCGAGUGGGAGAGGGGAGCCGCGGGCGCCGUGGAUGCAGCAGGAGGGGCCGGAGUAUUGGGAGGAGGUGACUACGGACUUCAAGGCUGACGCACAGAGUUCCCGAUUUUGCCUGAGGAUCCUGCCCGGCUACUACAACCAGAGCGAGGCCAGGUCUCACACCUACCAGAGAAUGUACGGCUGCGAAGUGGGGCCAGACGGGCGCUUCCUCCGCGGAUAUUACCAGUCGGCCUACGACGGCAAGGAUUACCUCGCCCUGAACGAGGACCUGCGCUCCUCAACCGCCGCGGACACGGCGGCUCAGAUAACCCAACGCAAGUGGGAGGCGGCCAAUGUGGCGGAACAAUGGAGAGCCUACCUGGAGGGCACGUGCGUGGAGAUGCUCCGCAGAUACGUGGAGAACGGGAAGGAGACGCUGCAGCGCGCGGAACCCCCAAAGACACAUGUGAACCACCACACCAUCUCUGACCAAGAGGCCACCCUGAGGUGCUGGGCCCUGGGCUUCUACCCUGCAGAGAUCACACUGACCUGGCAGCGGGAUGGGGAGGACCAAACUCAGGACACCGACCUUGUGGAGACGAGGCCAGCAGGGGAUGGAACCUUCCAGAAGUGGGCAGCUGUGGUGGUGCCUUCUGGAGAGGAGCAGCGAUACACGUGCCAUGUGCAGCACGAGGGGCUGCUGGAGCCCCUCACCCUGAGAUGGGAGCCAUCUUCCCAGCCCACCAUCCCCAUCGUGGGCAUCAUUGCUGGCCUCGUUCUCCUUGGUGCUGUGGUCACUGGAUCUGUGGUCAUUGCUGUGAUGUGGAGGAGGAAGAGCUCAGGUGGAAAAGGAGGGAGCUACUCUCAGGCUGCGUGUAAGUGGUGGGGGUGGGAGUGUGGAAAACCUCACCCACCCCAUAAUUCCUCCUGUCCCACAUCUCCUGUGGGCUCUGACCAGGUCCUGCUUUUGUUCUACCCCAGGCAGCGACAGUGCCCAGGGCUCUGAUGUGUCUCUGACAGCUUGUAAAGCCUGAGACAGCUGCCUUUUGUGGGUCUGAGAUGCAGGAUUUCUUCACGCCUCCCCUGUGUGACUUCAAGAGCCUCUGGCAUCUCUUUCUGCAAAGGCAUCUGAAUGUGUCUGCAUCCCUGUUUGCAUAAUGUGAGGAGGUGGAGAGACAGCCCACCCUGUGUCCACUGUGACCCCUGUCCCCACACUGACCUGUAUUCCCUCCCCAGUCAUCUUUCCUGUUCCAGAGAGGUGGGGCUGGGUGUCUCCAUGUAUGUCUCAACUUCAUGGUACACUGAGCUGCAACCACUUACUUCCCUAUGGAAAAUAAGAAUCUGAAUAUAAAUGUGUUUUCUCAAAUAUUUUCCAUGAGAAGUUGAUGGGCUAAUUAAAUAAGUCAAUUCCUAAAAUUUGAGAGAGGAAAUAAAUACCUGAGAACCUUCCAGAA